CUGAUAACAAGCAGGUGGAUCGACGGCUGGCACGAGUGGAUAUCCAUGGACACGUGGAUGAAGUGUUUGUUCGUGCUGGUGCGAAUCUUCGUGCUACCGGUGAUACUGGUGGUGGUGCUGGUCGCACCGAAUUCAAAGAGGUCGAAAUUUUGGCAGUCGCCGGUCAACAAGUUCAUCUCGUCGACCGCCAGUUACUUGGUGUUCCUGUUGUUCGUUUUCCUACAGUCGAACAUGGACAAGAGCGAACAGCUCCGCGGACCGCCCAACAACGCGUACGUGUGGAUCCUGAUAAUUUACAUAAUGUCGUUCUCCUGGGAGCUGAUUCGCAUCAGCAUAAUACACGGGCCGAAGAGGUUCUUCACUGGGCCGUGGUACUGGUAACGAUCAUUUUUCAAUAUUUUCGAUAGACAGAUGAAAUUAGAGAAAGAUCCGAUA